AUGAAGCUCUUCUUAGCGCUGCCAUUGCUCCUCGUAGCAGCAGAUGUGGAAGGACACUCAGGUCUUCCUCAUCCUCUGGGUCUGGCUGCCUCAUUCUCCCGAAUCUACCACCAACUUGACGAUAUCAACCUUGGGAAUUGCUCUCUCUCAAAUGUAUACCUCUCAUUGAAUGAAGAAAAGUCAUCGCUUCCACACCCAUCCAAGAACUUGACUCUCAAAUAUGUUGCAUUGGGCCGAGGAACACAAAACUACACUUGUCCAUCAGAUGCUUCCUCAAAUUCCAAAACCACCGUCGAGCCCACAGCUGUUGGUGCUGUCGCCACGCUCUUCGACGCCUCUUGCAUUGCAGCAUCAUCUUUAGCUCUCCUCCACGAAGUCCCUGCGCUUAUCAGCAAAACUCCUGUUGGAUCUCUCGCCUUCAUGGCAACUCUUGUAUCCCAGGGCACGAGAAGCACAAACCUCAUUAUUGGUGAACAUUAUUUUAAUGAUGGCGGAGAUCCCGUCUUUGACAUGGAGCUGAGUGGCUCCGAUUCAUGGAUUGCUGCUAGUAAAAUAGCCUCUACUCCAGCGCCAAAAUCCAAAUCCAGAUCCAGAUCUAGAUCCAAAACCCCCGGCGAUGUUCCGUGGCUUAAGCUAGGACAAAAGAAGGGAAAUGGUAUUCAGGAAGUUUACCGAGUUGUGACAUCCCUGGGUGACUCGCCAUCUACGUGUGCUGGUCAAAAGACAACGAUUGAAGUCGAUUAUGCUGCAGAAUAUUGGUUUUACGGGUGA